AAGGCACAAAUUGAAAAAGAGGUGAUCAGUCAGAACAAAACCCUCGUCGACCUUCAAAGAUCACUGGUUGAAGUUCAGAGGCAAUUUGAUGCUGCCACCUCAGAGGUCAAACAGGUCAAGGACGAUUGCAAGAAUGAGCUGAAAACAAAAGAUGAUGAGAUGGAGAGGCUCAGGUUUGUUUUUCUUCUGGUCAUUAAAGCUUCAGACGACCACAACCUCCAGAAACUUGACUUGGAAGUCAAACACAAGAACGAAAUCAACAGAGCCAAAAAAUUAUUCGAGACAGAACUGAUGCAGAUGAGGACGGAUUCUGAGAUGCACAUGAAGAACUAUAACGAGGUCCUCAAGUCCAACAAGCAACUUCUCAACAGAACCAAGGAUUUCGAAGCGGAAAUUUUGAACCUGGAUCGAAUGAGGGAAGACCUGAAAAAUCAGCUGAACAGUUGUGAGAGGAAGAGGAACCAACUGCAGAUGGAGAAAGAAGAUGUCAGCUCCAGAUUAGAUGCGGCUGAAAAAACUCGAAAAAAUACCGAACUGACGGUUAAGGAUUUGAACCAGACCGUGAACGAGCUGUCACUUAGCCUCACAUCGGCCAACAAUGAGGUCAAACGAUUGAACUCUGACCUCAUUUCUAUGCAAGGUGUUCUGGAAGAUUCUCAUGUCGUUAGAAGAAACCUUGAAGAAACUACUGAACGAUUUCGAUUGGACGCUGAUCAACUGAGGGAAUCCCUGGAAUACCACAAUGACGUCAUCAGACAGAAAGAUGAUGUCAUCCAAAAACUGGAAAAAGAUUUGAAGAUAACAAGAGAGUUGUUGGAUGAGAUGGAACAGAAAACAUUAAGAGAGGGAAGGAAAUUGUUUGCGAAAGCACAAGCCAAGAGCAAAAGUUUAGAACUGGAGUUAGAAGCUGAGCAGAAAAAGUUAAAAGAACUCCAUUCUGAAAAUCGUCGUCUCCAGAAAUCCAUCAAUGAACUGGCCGACCUGAAAGAGAGCUUCGAAAGAGAAACACAUGAAAAAUCCAGAUUGCUCGACAGUGCACAUAAUUUAAUUGCCAGGCUGAAGAAACAGUUGGCUGAGGCGGAACAAGUGGUGACGAUUGUAACAGGCAAGUACAAGAAACUUCAACAACGGCUCAACCAGGAGGAAAGUGAUAGGCAAGAAUUGAGCACACCGAACAACCUUCAAAGUGUCAUCUUAGAAAGGCACAUCUCUUCUGCCGGAAGCGGUGGCGGACAACAUGCCACCGGUUCCCAUCUUCCGUCUGUUAAUCAACUAACUGCUAGCAGCCAUCAUAUUCCCGGUAGCCAUCUUGCAUCAGGCGGCCAUCUUGUUUCCGGCAGUCAUCUUGCAUCUAUCGGUCAUUUAAAACCUUCUGUCGGUCACGUUGGUUCAAGUGGGUUGUACACGGUGGGAAGUAGAAAGUCCAUUCCGAUAGGAGACAUGGUCAACCAGAGAAUCUCUACCGCCAGGUCUGUAGUCCAAUCCAUCAUCAGCAACAACAGCCUGAAUUACGAGUGACAUCUUAAGUUAUGACGCUGAUUGACUUACUAGUUGACUGAUUGGUUGGUCGUUGAUUGGUUGGUCGGCUAGUCGUUCACUGAUUGGUUGGCAGUUUGGGUAGUGGCCAUUACGAUUUGAACUCUUUUGCAGUGGUUUCCAUGGUAACUAUAAAGUGGCUAUUACAAGGAGGUUGAGAAAAUGCUGCUUAAAAGGGGAUAAGCUUUUUAGUGCUGUGUAUCAUCUGCGUGUGUGCGUGUGUGCGUGCGUGUUUAAACGUGUGAAGAUGCAUUCACUUUGUUCUCUCAUUAUUUCACUAGUUUCUCUCCACUAAAAUAUUUACGCCUCUUAGAGUGUUUAUAGCGUGAGUUUGUGCCUUUGUAUGUGUGUGUGUAUGUGUCUAUGUGUCUAUGUGUAUAUGUCUGUGUGCCUAAUUUCAUUUUUUGAACUUUAGAUUAUUUUGCCAGAAAUUUUUUCUCUUUGAUUUUUUUUUAAUUUUUGUCAAAUUUUUCUUUUGUAGAAUAAUGUAACUACAUAAUAUUAAUAAAUUAUAUUAUUUUCUACAACAACAACAACAACAACAAUAGUAAUAAUAAUAAUAAUAAUAACAAAAUAUUAAUAAUAACAAAAUAUUAAUAAUAACAAUAAAGGCGCAGUGAUGUUCAUUUUAUUCCAUAAUUUACACAAUAAUAAUAAUAAUAGUGUUAAUUUACGUUAAAAUUACUAACAAAAUAACAACAAUAAUAAUAACAUUAAUAGUAAUGGUAAAAAUAAUUUAAUUUUCUUUAUAGUAGUUUUUGUAGAGCCGAAUUAGCGCGCGAGUAGUGACAUUAAAACGUCAUCAUCACAGCACCAUUAUCAUCAUCAUCAUUGCCAUAAAAAUGAUAAUGAUGAUGAUGGCAAUACAUCAUAACCAUAACGAUGAUGAUGAUGAUGAUAAAAAACAAAAAUAUACGGUGUUUUUUU